AUGGACUUUAGAAGUCUCGAUCGCAUGGGCGAGUCGGACGAUGCCAUUUUAGACGAGCCCUACCGACCGUUCUACAAUCCCUUCCGAAGCAAGCCUAUCCUAGUCAAACAAGAUAACGAGUACGAUCGCACAGUCUUCGGGGAACGGCCUCUUCUUGGGGUCCUGCUGUUCGACAACGUCUCGUCCGAUGCUCGAGAUCAUGCUGCGAACGAGAGAACUUUCCUCGCAUGGCUCAAGCUCAGUGUAUACAUGGCGAUAGUAUCCGUAGCCAUCGUAUUAUCCUUUCAUCUAAAGUCCAAGCCUUCGGCGCUAGAAAAGAGAUUUUCACUUCCGUUAGGCAUCAUCUUCUGGAUUCUCUCUUUGGCAUGUCUACUGUCUGGGCUUUCAAAUUAUAUCAACACCGUGUCACGGUACAGCCAGCGUCAGGCAUUGGUGCAAUCGGGCUGGAAGACGCAGGUUGUAUUCACAGUGGUGUCGACGUCUAUUGUCGCAACUUGCGUUCUCUUUCUCUCUACGAGCGCGGAGAGACGGUAG